AUGGGACGCUGUAAUACUAUAGCUGGAGGCUCGCAGCUAGCAAUACUAACACCGAAUCAACGAGAAAAUAUUAUACGGAAAGAACGUGAAAGACGUCGGUUGAUAAGAUAUCUGCAGGUGCGGCAGUUAAGCGCUGAAAAUGCAGCAAAAAUACGGGAGCGAGUCAAAAUUGCAAAACGGAAGGAAAUGGAGGAACUUAGAAAGCAUAUAAUGGAUGCUGUUGUUCAACGAAAUCAUUUAACUACCAGUGAUGCACUUUCUCCUGUUCAUGUCAAUAACAGUGCAUUGCCUAUCGAGAUAUCGCGUAGAUCACGUCGGCACCAAAUCACGAGUGAAGAAUUAGCACGUACAGUACGUCGGCAUCGUGAGGCGUUGAAUAGAUUGCAUCGAGAAAAUGAACGCGAGCAACGACGACGUGAGCUCAUACUGGAAAGGCAAAAAAAAGCCCGCGAAAUAGCAAAUGUACGAUCGAGAAGAAUUUAA